AUGACGACGGUAAACUUGGGAGGGGGAGGGGGGAAGGCCACUCACUUACACCGCCGCUCUUGGAACUGCGGGUGUAAGAUCUGCCCAGGUUGCCCGCGUUCUUACACUUCCCAACGCAACGCGCAAGCAACGCAAAGCAAAGCACAACAUACGUUCUUCUCAAAAGAAGAUGCCUUGUAUUCUCGAGAAACGCAAUUUCGUUUCCAGAGAUCACAUGCGAUGCACCUCGUAGAGGAAGCUCCGUCUUUGCGCAUACGUGCAUGCCUCACAUACAUGCUGCUGCUGCUGCUGCUGCUCCUGCGUAUGAUGGGGGCCUCUCGUGGAUGCACUCACACCCCCCACCCUUGA